UACGAUCCAGCCUUAUAUUAUGAUGUCGAGCUUGAUUUUCAGACCCCUAGGCUUGAGAGUAGCAGUGCGAGCCCGAUUGGCCAGAGUCAGCAGCGAUCUCAUAGUCCAUCACUUCCGCUGCUCCAGUUGAGCGACUGGGACGAAGACCUGCUAUAUGAUGAAUUUCCACCUACAUGCAUCCAUUACUCUAUCGAGUGGGAUUUACGCUUAAAUACAGGAAAAAGGCUAAUGAAGCUCAUGUACAAUCCAGAACUCGAGCAAGAUCUUGUGCUGGCGCCUGGUGCGUACUGGGACAAGUCUUGGAAGAAAAAGCUUGAGGACCGCCUCAAGAAGAAGACCCCAGCCACUAAAUGCUACGAACCUGAAGAGGCUAACUUCGUCAUAUCUGUCUCGGACCGAGCCGAAACUAAUUUUUCGAAAUCUUACCCCGAUUUUGAUAUAAACUGGAAGGAGGUCGAGAAGCAGCUGCAAAUUUGGAGCCCUCUGUUCCGUGGAGGGAGGAAAUUGCAUAUAAAGGUAGUAUUUGUUUAUAAGCCUUCGUUUGAGGACCAGAAGGAUGUGCCACAAUUCAUCCGUGACAUGAUUUACAAAAAGGACCGCCUUAAUGAGCAACGGAAGGAAAGCAGCAAGAAACGAAAACGAAGAGACUCGUUUAUAGAUAGCUAUCCGAUCCACAUUACCAAUGUCUUACCUGGUCCCUCCAAUCAAGCGUCAGCCGUAGCCCUUACAGGGCCACCAAAGGACAUUGACGUGGAUGAGUGGGACAUUCCUGAACCGAGAGAUGACGCAAUAGAACUGUAUGGUAUAUUUCACUGUGCUCGGGUUAGCAGUGAUAUCUGGAAAGCGAGCAUUCGAAAGGCAGUCGCGUUCACAUUUCAACAAGGGCUCGAUCUCAAGUAUAUGUACAUGUGCCAGCAACAAUGUGUUGAAAUUUUUGUCAAUGCGGGUAUUUUGCCGGGUAUUGCGGAAUCCUGGGUUCGUGAUGUCAAGAAGUGGGUGGAUAAGGUG